AUGGGGGACCCUGUUUCAGAAGCUAGGAGGAGAAUAGUUAUCGCCAUCACAGGUGCUACGGGAGCAGAUAUUGGUAUUAAACUUCUACAGACCCUGCGCCGGCUCAAUGUCGAAACACAUGUUAUCAUCAGCAAGUGGGCGGGCGAGACAAUCAAAUGGGAAACGGAUUACACGGUAUCAGCAGUACGAGCACUAGCAGACCACGCAUACAGUCCGCAUGACCUCGCAGCCCCGAUCUCCAGCGGCUCCUACCACAUCGACGGGAUGAUCGUAGCACCGUGCUCAAUGCGGACGCUCGCCGCCAUCAACGCAGGCAUAUGUGACGACCUCAUCACACGCGCGGCAGAUGUCUGUCUCAAGGAGCGGCGCCGCCUUGUCCUCGCCGUCCGUGAGACCCCGUUUAGCGAGAUUCACCUGCGGAAUAUGCUGGGCGUCACUAGCGCGGGGGCUAUCGUCGCACCGCCUGUCGUUGGGUUUUACACGCGACCGUCAUCUGUGGAGCAGGUCAUCGAGCAGAUGACGGGGCGGUUGCUAGAUUUGUUCGGGCUGGAUGCGAAGGACUUUGUUAGGUGGGAGGGUAUGCGUAAGGAGAGUUGA